AGGCGGCGCGGCGGGAAGCCGGGCCGGGCCGGAGCGGUCGCUGCCCGGUGGGCUCCAUGGCGUUGCCGGUGCUGUCGAGCUCGGGGGUGAAGUUCCGGCGGGUCCUGGCGCACUUCCCUCAGGAGCUCAGCCUGGCCUUCGCCUACGGGUCCGGAGUCUUCCGGCAGGCGGGGGCCUCGGCCGGGCACGGCGAGAACAAUAUGCUGGACUUUGUGUUUGCUGUUGAUGACUCUGUGACCUGGCAUAUGAUGAACUUGUUAAAGAACAGGAGUCAUUAUUCCUUCCUAAAACUUUUUGGGCCAAAACAGAUAAGUAGUAUACAGAGCUAUGGAGCAGGGAUUUACUACAAUACUUUAGUGCCAUGUAACGGUAGGAUGAUAAAAUAUGGUGUAAUUAGCACUGAUACCCUGAUUGAUGAUUUACUUCACUGGAAAACCCUCUAUGUCGCUGGACGCCUCCAAAAACCGGUGAAAAUACUGACACAGAAUGAGAAUAGCAAGCUGCAAGCUGCUCUUGUUAGCAAUCUGAAGAGUGCAGUCACAGCAGCCUUUCUCAUGUUACCAGAAAGUUUCUCUGAAGAAGACCUCUAUAUGCAGAUUGCAGGACUCUCCUAUUCUGGUGAUUUCAGAAUGGUAAUAGGAGAAGACAGAUCGAAAGUGCAGAACAUAGUGAAACCUAAUGUUCCCCAUUUUCAGAAGCUGUACAGUAACAUAUUACAGGACUGCCCUCAAGUGGUAUAUAAGCACCAUCUGGGAAGGCUAGAGAUUGAUAAAAGUCCAGAAGGUCAAUUUACGCAACUAAUGGCUUUGCCAAGGACUCUGCAGCAAAAGAUAACUUCUCUGGUAGACCCUCCUGGAAAAAACAGAGAUGUGGAAGAAAUUUUACUGCAGGUUGCCCAUGACCCUGACUGUGGAUUUGUGGUGCAUCAAGGCAUUUCAGGAAUUGUGAGAUCUUCCAGUAUAGUGCAGAGUGCUAAAACCAUACUAACAGCUGGGGCAAAGAAAUCUGUAACUUACAGUAUGAAGAAAUUAUAUAAAAUGACAAAGGGAUGGUUAAGGAAGACAUCUUGAGUCUUGACAUACUGUGUAUGGGUAUGCUUGGUGGAAAAUUCUUAAGAACAGAGAAUACUGAUCCCAGUGGUAGAAACAGACCCCAACAGAUACAAAGCUUUCGGACAAAUGAACAGCAUGUGAAAAGAUUCAGGAUGGAGUCAUGACCUUCUGAAUGAAAUAGUUACCAGGUAAGAAGUGCAGUGCUGGCAGAACUGCCUGCUUUAGUCAUCUAAUGAGGUAACAGCUUUUAUUUUUUAUUCCAAAUGAAGUAUACUGUAGCAGAAACUGCAUAUGGGCAGGAGAUGGGCAGGAGCAUGGACAAAAGACUGAUUCUUACACCCGCAAUUUGGUGUUAGCAAAUUUUUAGUAGGGUUCAUUGUAUUAUUGGAAGUCCUAAUCUGUGAAAGUCUUAGGAUACAAAAAAAAUUUGGAAACUGAAAUUGAAAGCACAUAAUAUAUUGAGUCCUUGUAGGAAACAGGACAGUUCCAAAAAUAACCCUCUGCAUGAAUAGUUAGCAGAAAUAUUUAUUUAUUUAUUUUUAAUGUAACUUAAUUUUAUAUGUUCAGGGCUUUCUUUUGUAGUUGUGUUUUACUUUCUUUUAAGGCUGUAUGGGAAAGGGUCUAAGUGAGCCUUAACUCCUAAAGGAGAGGAUGCUUAACACUGGUGAGGAUUUGUCCUCGACAAAGUCAAUGAAAUCACACUCUUAGUGAAAUUGUAUUUUUCUCUGUGUGUGUCUGAAUUCUGUUGCUGUAGUCAACUUUUGGGAAGUGAAUACUGUAAGCAGAAAACUAUAGUUGUUCCUAUGUUUUUAAAAAAUGCCAGUUGCUGCACACUGGAUUGUUAGAAAUCUAUUCCAUGUACUGAAUACAUUACCAGAUAAUUAAGGCUAACAACUAAAAUGUUAUUCCAAAUUUUGCUUCAUUUAUCUCCUCUUUAUGUCUUUAAAUGAAAAUGUAACUAUUGCAUUUUUUUUAAUUCCCAUAAUUCCCUCAAGGAUGCAGGCUUUCCUAGGUGCUGUAUAGAAAUGUAUGAGCUGAAAGGAAAAAAAAAACAAGGGACAUCUGUGAUGCACAGAUGGAGCAAAAACUUAUCCACAGAAUAAGCAAUAUGACCAAAUAAAAAAAAAAAUAGGCAGUGGCAAAACUAGACACUCUUACCUUUUAAGGAGCUCAUUCCUUCCUCCUGUAAUAGUGCAGUUAAGUGAAGUUUUACAUCAUGAGCCAUACUGGGAAUUAGUAUCAUUGAACAAAACCAUCCUGACCAACCUGUGCCUUUGGGGGGGGGGGGGUGUUUUGUUUUUUACACGAAAAGGUGAGGAUGGGGCUUUUGAAACCUGGUUAAAUAACAGCACCACAGGAUGUGAAACCACUGGCUCAUAAAUUGUAACUGCUUCAAGCACUGGUUGAGAGAGAUCAUGUGUCAUAAGAUUGCCCAACAUCUGGUUGAGAAUUCUUACUAGCAAAGCAUUUAAUCACAUGCUUGACUUAAAAUGCAUACAUUACUACCAUUGUUGAAUAGGUAUGUAAUUCCUUUUUGAGACUAAUGGCAACAUAUAGCUUGGGCUGCUUGAAUCUACAGAAGUAAAAAAAAAAAAACGUAAAAAACCUCUGUGAUGUCUUAGUACAGCUGGACACUGCUGAACUCCUCCUGGGGUAUGGCUGCAGCAUAAGCGAAGGCUGGAUUCUAACAGCUCAUUCCCUUUGGUGGUUUUUAUUUGUUACCUUGAAGUUGUGGCUGUUUUCCCUUUUAUUGAGAGAGGGUACCUUGGAGAUGUGUGUGUGCUAGAACUUUAAAUAGAAUAUCCUAUGAGGAUAUCUUGCAUUGUAAGAGGCUCAGUGUUUCUCCUUCUCUGCAGUUCCUCACUACUGCUAAGUUUGGGUAUGAGCGGCAGUUAAAUCUAGAAUUCUUCAAAUGAUGAAAUGCAGUUGUAACUCUAGGGAAGCAUUUAAAAGAGCACCUUUCUUUUAAAAGCCAUUAGCAAUACAGUUAAAGAUAAUGUUUUGAAUAUUAAAGUAAGACAUAUUUAAAAGUGGUUUUGGUGUUUCAGAAGGUGCUUGCUACUGAAAUGGUGGUUCAAAACAUUAAAAGUCAAUUACAAGUCAAUCUGAUGUGUGAGAAUGAGUUGGCCUCAGCUCCUGUAGUGAAGCAGCUAUCUUCAUUCUGAACCUUGCUAGCUAAGCAAGGGCAUUUAUUCAAGAAAUAAUGUUCUCACAGCAAAAAUAGGAAUGUACUGCUUGCUGUUUAGCAGCUAAUUAAACAUUUUUAUGUGCAGCAGAUGCUGUAUGGCGUCAAACCCUCCCAACCUUUAAACUGUUUGUCAUGCUGCCAGUGGAUUGGUCUUUCCCUUUACAGGUGUUACUUUACUGCAGAGGGUGCCUGUAAUCUGAAUUGGCCAUGUUUGUCUUGCGUGGCUGAAAUACCCAUUGCAUAUCGCGAUUUGGCUUUAUGAACUUUCUUUGUGUAUAGCAAUAUAAUGGGUCAUUUCUUGCUCUUUGGAGAGAGUUUCGCAAAUCCCAGUUUAAUAGUUCCUAGUUUACUCCAUCUGUUGAUACAUUGCCAGUAUUCAAGUCUGUGCAGUAAAUCUCUGAGACGUAAGAAAGUCCUUCCUCAUCAUCCAUAUAGGCUGAAAUCUUAAACUGUAUUCUGUUCUGUAAAUCAUUUAUCUCUAUGCUUUCUUAAAAAGUGGCCUACCUUUCCCCUUGAGGCCAUUGGUCUUGAAUGUAUUUAUUUUUUUGGCGGAGCGCCAUGAAUGAAUCAUAGCCUAGAGCAGCUUACAGUCUGAACUUCUCUCUAUUGUUAAUAUAAAGUACUUUAUGCAGUUGUUACAACGUUUUGCUAUGUAAAACUUUUAAGAGAAGAGAGAUUGAUUUCAGACUUGUUAGCUGCCUUUGAAGUUCCUCAACAGUAUGUGGAAAUGAUUUCUUAUGGUCAUACAGCUGUAAUCCACUAAAAUAACUAGUGAUUGUUGCACGGGAAGUUAGUACAUGGGAAUACGUUACUAACUCUUUGUCGUAAUGAGGUGUCUUUGUUCUUUCAUGAAAAAUAGUCACUUUAGCUUUUCAUUCCAUUUGUAACUUUCCUGUUUAUACCUUCCUGCUCCAUUUCCAUACUGUUUUAUUGUUUCUUUUCUUGACUUAAUGCUCAGGUCUUUCGUUCUGUUCUUCAGACAUCCCUCUGUUCUGGUUUGGCUGUUCCACCAUGGAUAUUGUUUCAUGCUCCAUCCCCUUUUUUCCCCGUGUAACAGUGCUUUCAUUAAAGGCAACCAGGCAGAUGAUUUACUCCUUGAUGUCUUAAAAGACUUCUUUGUAAUGAAGAGCCUGGACCCAAUCAAACUAUUAAGGAUUUCUGUAGGUGAGCCAGCACCAUGGGCCUAGCUGGCUCUGAGAUCGACAGUGCCAGUGAGGUAUGUAACUCUAUCUCAUGCUUCAGAGGGAAUAAACUAGAUGACAGGAUGAAUGGGAAAUCAAAAUUUGACUGGACACAUAACUGUAGAUUCUGGUUUCCACUUCUCUUUACAGUCCUUAAUCUCAGUAUUGUGUCCCUUUAUUAACUUGCCUACCGUUGUGAGCAACCCAUUUGGCUAGCAGUAUGGUGUUUGGCUGCUCCUAGACUUAAAGGUUUGAGGAGUGCAUAAAACUGUACCGCACAGGAUGCCGACUUCCUCCAUCAACAUGUGUAAGAUGUGUUCUUUAUCACUUGCUCAUUUCCCGUUUUUCCAAGUAUUUGAGUAUUGAGUUCCUCCAGGUGGCUGGCUAUAUGACUGUUCAAAUACCAGCGAUAUUGAAUGCACCUGACUUUGUUUCAACUGCAGAGACCAUAUUUCUCACCUGUGCUUCAGCGAGGUUUCUUGUUAGAUUUGGUUGACCUUCAGUGUCAGUGAAUUUGACUAACAGAUGGAGAGUAACAGCUGCGACCUUAUAAACAAGGUGCCUCUAGGUAGCAUACAGCUAAACAAGUGUGAUUCCUUUCUAUUAGAGAGCUGGACUUUAUAGUAUCCCAUAGCUUCCUGAUUUUUGCAACAAACAUCUUUGCCAAAUUGGGAAGAUACAGAGGGAUAUAGAAGCCAGUAUUCCUGGGUGGCUUAGGGAACUGAACUGUAAGGUCCAUGUUCUUUAAAUUGAAUGAGGAGGUAAUGCUAGAGCCUGUUCCAACUUGGGAAACUUUAGAAUAAACAUAGCACUUGGUGAGUGUCCAGUAGAGGGGGAUCCAAGCAGGGUUGUGACUCAUGCCUUUUCCCAGCAAUUAAUUUAAAAAUAGAAUUGAAAUUGAAAUAUGCUUUGAAGGUCAGAAUGUCAGGUCACUGUGUGUCUGAUAGUUUUUCAUGGGUAAGGUGUUGACAGAGGACAAAGCAUUCUUCGUUUUCAAAUUCACUUCUGCUGGCCAUAUAUUCUGAAUGUGUAGAAAAUGAAUUGUCUUUGUGUUACCUACUGCAGGAAGAAGAGACAUUACCUUUGUAUAGAUAUCUUCUGGUAUAUUUUUUGUUUGAAUGAACAGCUGCUCUGUUACUUUUGAUACUGUGGUUUCAUAAAAUUUUGCAGUGACCUUAUUUACCUGUUUUUCUAGAUAAAAAUCUACAGCACAGUUGCUAACUGAUCCUGAACUUAAUGACUACUUUAGGGAGAGGCUGUAAUCAUUUUACUGUUGCAUGUUUUAACCUCUUACUCAGACUUGUUAAAUCAGAAACGUUAACAAAUGAAGUUUUUGUACAUGAACAGGAAGCUUCAGACUAUACAUUCUGAAAUUAUUCAUGAGAACUCCAAAUGUUUCAGUUACAUCUUUAGUCUAAGAACUUACAUGGCAUUUUUGCCUUCAGAAUCCAGUGUUCUGCCAAAACAUUUUCAUUAAUGGUGGAUGGCUAUUUUGACAGUUAGGCACAUUUUUUUUUUCUGAGAAAAUGGAGGUCAUACAGCUGCAAAGACUGAUAUUCUGAUCUGACUGAAACUUCAUGCAAGUGUAAUGGCUAUAGAGGAUUCUUCCUGGUUUUAAAUUUGAAUAGAAUGUGAUUCGUAGGAGUUUGCAACCAUAAGGGACUGUCUUUAAAAAAAAAAAAAAAAAAAAAAAGUCAUAAGCAUCUGUCUUUUGGUUCCUUCACUUGCCUUUUUUGUACUGUAAGACCUUCUUUGAAAGACUUGAGCCUGAUGUUUAAGAUACCUCCCCUACUCAAUUAACCAAGCUAAGUAAAUAGCUUAGUUAAAUAUCUCAUUUUGGCUUUAUUGAAUUAAUUUGUAUUACUUCUUUUACAUGGAAUCUAUCUAGCUUUAUGGUAUACUUGGUAAAUUUGAAAGGUUGUUUUCCCACACAGUGGAUUAUUUUUUUUUUUUUAAUCUCUGCCUCCUGCCAAAGUUUCUCCAGACCUCCUAUUUUAAAAUCAGUAGUGAAGCAUGAGAAGGGGGCAUUCAGUGGUUGGCUUGUGGUUUUUUUUUUGGGGGGG